UGUUUCCGACGAGUCAUGUGCAGAGCUACGGAGGAGUCCCUCAGACAGAGCAGCUAAGGUUUGGCUGGUCAAAGGCUGAGCAAGGGAGGAAGAGGGGAACAGCUGCUCGCCGUCGGCGCCACGUACGACACGGGCCCGGGCGGCGGCAAAGUCUCCGCGUGAAAUCGGCCGGCGGCGAGGUGCGCCGUGCGCGGCCGCCGCCUCUCCAUCGCAUCGCACGCUGUCAACUUAGAUCUUGAUUGCGGGACCCAAAUCAUUAUUGGCCAACUGGAGCAGAAGAUCCAGAAAAUAAGCUUAUGAGUACAGAUCUCAUCCAUGGGUUCAAUGAGUCAAAAAAUUAAAAUUUUCACAGAAGAUGAGAUUACAAGUAUUACUAGCAAUUAUAGCACUCUUAUUGGCAAAGGUGGUUUUGGAGAAGUCUAUAGAGGGGUCCUUGAUGCUGACAAUGAUCUAGUUGCGGUGAAAAGAUAUAUCCGACAGGACUUGCGUGAUGAGUUCAUGGAAGAAGUGAACAUCCACAGUAUGAUGAACCACAAUAAUGUGGUGAAACUCAUAGGAUACUGUGUUGGUGAAAGCACUCUGAUGUUGGUAACAGAGUAUAUCUCCAAUGGAAACCUUGAUGACAUACUCCAUAGAAGUGAGGCCCCUAUCCCUUUGGAUGUAAGACUGGGUAUUGCAAUAGGGUGUGCAGAGGCACUGAGCUACAUGCAUUCGAUGGAUUCACCGAGUCACAACCAUAUAUAUCAUGGUGAUAUCAAACCAGCCAACAUACUUUUAGAUGACAAUCUUACAACAAAAGUAUCAGAUUUUGGACUGUCAAGGUUUCUUUUCGGUGGUACUACUCAGUUCACUACAACUUUAAAAGGAAGUAUGGGUUACAUGGAUCCUGUAUAUUUUCAUGAGGGGUGCCUGACCCCGAGAAGUGAUGUAUAUAGUUUUGGUAUAGUCCUCUUGGAACUAAUAACCCGAAAAAGGGCAAAAUAUGGGGAUGUUAACCUAAUCCCUACAUUCAAUAAAGCAUGUGCCAAGGGGAAGGGAUUGAAGGAACUAUUUGAUGAAGCAAUAGCUGAAAAGGAUAAUUUGAAGGUUCUUAAAGAAUUGUGGAAAUUAGCAGCAGAAUGCUUGUCACUGAACAUCCAUACACGUCCUCAAAUGAGUGAAGUGGCAAAACGCCUUUGCAUGCUCAAGAAAGAUCUAAAGAGUACUCCACAAUCCAUAUUGGCAACACAUUCCAUAUGGUUCAAACCGUACACACAGAGCUCAAGGCCUCCUAGUUUUAAGAAGAAAUUGAGCUUUUUCAGGGGAAGUACUAGCUAUUCUAAGAUUCUAUCUGAACUCUGCAAUGUAAGAACGUUCACAAAAGAGGAGAUAAAUGAAGUCACACAUAAUUACUCUAAUCUACUCAGUGGAGGGACAUCGUCAUCAACUGAGGUUUAUAAAGGAACACUUGAGGACAAUACAAUGGUGGCAGUGCAUAAAUUGAUUUAUGAGGACUCUGAAGAGGCAUUUAUCAAUGGAGGGAUGGUAGUAUCAAAAAUUGCCCAUAAGAAUAUUGUCAAAAUUUUGGGUUGUUGUUUGGAAGCCCAAACUAUUGCUUUUCUAUACGAGUACAUUGCUAAAGGUAGUAUCUCUGACAUUUUGGGUAGUCAGGAAGAUUUCCCACUAGAUUUACGUAUGAGGAUUGCAAUUAAGACUGCAGAAGCAUUACAAUACCUACAUUCAUCAGAAACUGGCCUCAUUGGACAUGGCAGCGUUUCAGCAUCCACUGUACUUCUUGACAAUAACUUUGUACCAAAGCUCACUGAGUUUUCAAGGGCAUGCAUGCUCUUCAAGAAGAGUGAGACUACUGCUGGUGUAAUUAGUAGCAGCCUUCUAGAAAAAGCUCUCAACAACGACCCGUCUCGCUACGGUUCUGUGUUGAUGAACCUGGAAAGUGAUGUGUACAAGUUUGGUGGUGUUCUCAUGGCACUGAUUAGUAGGGAUAAGGAUAGUAACCAUGAUGACCUUCUCGCUAAAUUCACAAGAGCAUAUGAGACGGAAAAAACUGGGAAGGCAUUGUUCGAUAAGGAUAUAACAGCCGAAGAAGAUAUCAUUCUGCUUGAAGAGUUAGGGAGAUUGGCACUGAAGUGUACCAUUUUGAAUGCAGACAAGAUUUUUAUGAGGCCAACAAUGAAGGAAGUGGCAGAUGAACUUCGAAGAAUUAGGAGAUCUUGGAAGGAACACUGGACAUCCGAUGCAGCUACACACGUAACUACUGAAACUACUACAGAUGUGGUGCCAGCAGAGCCAAGAUUACCGAACCUGAUGCGCCACAUGUUCGGGUACCGUCGAAUCUCCAUCAGUGAUCCCAUACAUGUAUGCUAAUUAGGAUCUACGGGAAGAUCAGCACACUGUGUGAUGCUGAUGUGUAAACUGCAAGCAGAUGUAGCAUUGUAGUGAUAUUUUUCUUCCUCUUGUUCUCUUUUUUUUUAUAUAUAUAUAAUGUACCUGUUUCUAGAAUUCCUAGCUUGUGAUGUCGAAAUUGUAGAUAUGUUUGUUUCCCUUUUAUUUACUUUAACAAGUAUGGUUUCCAGAAACAUGAUAUGAUAACUGAUAAGUCAGCUAGGUGGUGAUCUUUAUGUAGAUCUGAAGACUGAAGUCAUCUCUCCACUAUUAUAUUGUUGGUCAGCUGGUGCUGUUCAGUAACAGAGCAUGGAUUUUAAUUUA